AUGGUGUUUUUACCAGACAAGCAGUUUGGUGACCUUGCCACCAUUCCCGACGAUGUUCCUAUCUGCGAAUUCAUGCUGAACGAGCGGUAUGGCCGAGUACCGCAUCAUGACUCGAAGGACCCCUACACGUGUGGCCUGUCCGGAAAGUCAUACUCGUCACAAGAAGUCGUCAAUCGUGUUGAAGAAAUCGCACGAGGUCUAGCGAAAGAGUUUGGAUGGGCUCCUAAUGAUGGAACAGAGUGGGAUAAAUGUGUGGCUGUUUUUAGCGUCAACACCAUUGAUUCUUUGCCUUUCUUCUGGGCAGUCAACCGACUGGCGGGCAUUGUAUCACCUGUAAAUGCUGCAGCAAAUGCCGCAGAGUUGAAACACCAAAUACUGGACUCUGGUGCCCAGGCAUUGUUCACAUGUGCCUCGUUGCUUCCGGUUGCGCUCCAUGCCGCAUCUUUGGCUGACUUUCCCAAGCAUAAGAUCUAUCUGAUUGAUGUUGUGCCGCAACUUUUUGGUGCAAAUUCACAAACUGAGUUCAAAACAGUCUCUCAAAUUGCAGAGACCGGGAAGAGUCUCCCACCAUUAGAACCACUGAGAUGGGGACAUGGCGAAGGAGCCCGCCGAACUGCAUAUUUAUGCUACUCCAGUGGAACGUCUGGCUUACCGAAAGGAGUCAAAAUCUCUCACCGGAAUGUUAUUUCCAAUGUCCUGCAAAUCAAGGCGUUUGAAGAUAACUACCGCAAGACCAAUGCAUCCGCCAACGGGGAUUCUGUAUACACUGACAUUGCCCUAGGACUUCUACCGCAGAGCCAUAUAUAUUCAUUGGUGGUCGUCUGUCAUGCGGGCGCCUAUCGGGGUGAUCAAACUAUUAUUCUUCCCAGGUUUGAGUUGAAGUCAUACUUGGCCUCCAUUCAAAACUUCAAGAUCAAUUCUCUCUUCUUGGUUCCUCCAAUUAUCAUCAACAUGCUUAGAAGUCAAGAGAUGUGCUCUCAGUACGACUUGAGCUCCGUGGAAUCCAUUUUCACUGGAGCUGCUCCUCUGGGAGAGCAAACAGCCGUCGAAUUCCAGAAGAUAUAUCCCAAUAUCACUGUCCGGCAAGGAUAUGGUCUGACUGAAACAUGUACGGUAGUCACCUCGACUCAUCCCGAUGAUGUUAUACUGGGAUCUUGCGGCUGCUUGCUUCCUGGAUUCGAGGCACGUAUUAUGUCACCAGAGGGCCAGGAAAUUACCAGCUAUGAUACGCCAGGCGAACUCGUUGUUCGUUCUCCGAGUGUUGUAUUGGGAUACUUGAACAAUGAAAAGGCUACUAAAGAAACAUUUGAGAACGGAUGGAUGCAUACGGGAGACGAAGCAGUCGUUAGCGUUGGUCCAAAUGGAACCGAACAUAUCUUCAUUGUGGACCGCAUCAAGGAGUUGAUAAAGGUUAAGGGUCUCCAAGUGGCACCAGCUGAGCUCGAAGCACACCUUCUAACACAUCCCGCUGUGGCUGAUUGCGCUGUGAUUCCUGUGCCUGAUGAAGCUGCUGGUGAAGUACCGAAGGCAAUUGUGGUCAAAUCACCUUCAGCCGGCUCAGAUGAGGCUGCUAUCGAGUCAAUCAAGAAAUACGUUAAGGAUCACAAGGCACGCCACAAGUGGCUAAAGGGCGGUGUCAGAUUUAUCGAUAUGGUCCCUAAGAGUCCGAGCGGCAAAAUAUUGCGUCGACUGCUUCGAGACCAAGAGAAGGAGGCACGGAGAAAGGCAGGGUCCAAGCUUUAG